UAAACGUAGUCGAAGAUACACGUAGACGUGACAUAACCCUUUUCAAUCAUCGUCACCUCUACCAUUAUUUUUUACAAUGUAAAGUGAUUAUGAAGUUUUUGUAUGCGACGUGAUUCUCGACGAGCAUCCCGCAGUUAAAACUAACGCACGAUGAAUCAAAGUAAGACAGAGAAGCUGUCAGCUGCUAAGAAGAAGUUGAGAGAAUUUAAAUUGCAAAAAAAGUUGCAAGUGCAAGGCACUUUGAACAAACAGCAGGACUCGAAUGCAGACGAAUCUGUAUCACAGUGCCAAACAAAUUGCCAAACUGCAGAAAUGGAUAAACUCUAUAAUCAAAAGACUCAGAAUGAAGUAAAGUGUAUAGAAAAUCAAUAUGAAAAACAUACAGAUAAUAUAGACAUUAUACAUAAAGAAGAAAAUAUAAAUCAUUUUGAUGGUGCUAGUAAUUUUCUAGAUACGACUGAAACCAAAACAGUAACAGAUAAUAAUGAGAUAACAGAGAAGAGCUUACCUAUCUUGGAAAAUUACAUAGAAAGUACUGCAUUACAUAAGAGUGAUACUAAAGAUGUCAUGCAUUCACAUCUUCAGUCAGAUUUCCUACAAUCUGUAGAAAACAGUGGAAGAUAUAAUUUAAAUGUUGUAGUAUCUAACGGUCCUUCAAUCGUGCAGAAAGAACACUUGCUAGAAAUGGCCUCGGAAGUUGCUCAUGCGCUCGACAAUACAGAUCAUAACGAACCGCCAAGUUCGUUCGAUUUUGAUCUAAAGUGUCACAAUCAAUUUUUAAGCUCAUGUCUGGAGGAACAGAAGCAACUUGUAAAUGACUUACAUGUUCAAGUUAGUCGUUACCACAGCAGAGUAGCCGAACUUGAAGGAAUUCUAGCUACAAAAGAUUCAGAGUUUGACGCCAAACUUGUUCGUGAAAUAAAUCCUUUGAAGGAGCAGUUACAGAUCCAUGCGCAGACCACUGGUAUCCUGAUAGCAGAAAAAGCAGAGCUCACAGCAGCUUUGACACAAAGCCAAAGGACUGCGAAACAAAAUUCUGAGGAGAUAGAGGAGAUGAAUAGAAAAUUGAAAUACAGUCAGGUUCGUAUUAAUGAGCUUGAAAAAGAAUUAGUUCAAAUGAGGAGUAAUUCUACUGAUACUCAGAAAAACGCUCAACAAGUGCAACAAAUCUAUGACGACCUUGAGAAGAAAUAUUAUGAACUCAAAAAAGAAAAAGAAGAUUUGGAAUUGGAAACAUCAGAAUUAAAACAGAAGCUAAAUUUAAAGAACACUGAAUUUAUUACUCUACAACAGGAGUUCCAAGAGAAAACAGCUUUGCUUUCCUUAAAUGAAUUAAGGAUACAGCAGCUAACCGAUACAUCGCAAACAUUAGAAUCCCAGCAUCAAACUGUAACAAUAUUGGAGCAACAGUUGGCUCAGAUGAGAGAAACUUUAAAGUUGGUGAAUAAUGAGAAGGAUGAAGCUAGUAGACAAUAUCAAAAUUAUGUUAGACAAUUAGAUGGACAGCAGGCAAAAUUGAUUAAUGAGGUUGAAAAUGGAAAGAAAAUAAUUAGUGAUUUGGAAAAAAGAGAAAAAAGUUAUAUACAACGUUUAUCAGAUUUGGAACAGCAACUGCAACAUGAAAGACAGAAAAAUGAAACUAUACUUCCCUCAAAAGAUCAUAAUGAUGAAAUCGCUAAUUUAAUAAGAAAAAUCGAGGAACUAACUGUAGAACAGGAAAAACUUCAUGUCGCAUUAUCUGAUAGGGAUACUGAGAUUGAAAUGUUAAUGAAAGAAGUGCAGGAAUUACGAAAUACAAAAGAUGAUGGAACUGAUGCAGCAAAAUUAGUACAGGCUCUUGAAAGUGAAAAACUUGGUGCCUCUAGAGCUGUUUCACAAAAUCAGCAAUUGAAAGAACAACUAACUGAAAUGGAAAACGCUUUUGUUACUCUCAGUAAUGACAAGUUGGAUUUGACAGAACAGCUUCAAGCUGAACGAAAUAUUGGCCGAAAAUUAAAUGCAAGAUUAAAUAAUGUUGAGACAGAAAUGGAUAACUUAAAAGAAACAUUAAGGGAAAAGGAAACAUUUUUAAUAGAAUUAGAGAAAGAAAAAUUACAAAAUGCACAAAUUGCAGAUCAAAUGCAGCACUAUCAAGCACAAUCUCACCAUGCCCAUACAUUGCAACAAGAAUUACAAAAUGCUUUAAUUUAUAUAGAAAAUUUAAAAAAAGAAAAUGAAGCUCUCGGAAAAGAAUUGGAGAAUAAAAUACAAACAGAAACACAUUUGUCCAGAGAACCUGUAAACAUGAAUGGAGAUCAGUAUAGAAUUAAAAAUGAGCAAAAUUGUAAUGAUAUUGUAACAACGCAAGAUUUGCCAUUGCCAGAAGAUAAAAAUAUUUCAGAUAAUUUGAGGCCUAUUACGAAACUAGAAACAAGGUUUAAAGAAACGAUGGAAAAGGUUGCCGAAUUAACUGAUGAGAAACAGAGAUUAGAACAUCUUGUUCUCCAGCUUCAAGGUGAAACAGAAACUAUAGGAGAAUACAUUACUUUAUAUCAAAAGCAACGAGCGAUUUUGGGAGAGAGAUGGAAGGAAAGAGAACAAACCUUCCGUCAAUUAGUUGAACAACGUAAUCAGCAACAAGAACAGUUGCACAAAUUAAAAGUAUUAGUUACCGAAUUGCUUAAAAAACAUCCUGAAACACUAAUAAAUCCUACAGAAACCUGUAUUAGUUGUCAUAAAGAUAUAAAUACCGACACUCCUACACUCCCUGAAAAUGAGAAACAGAAUGAAGAUCAACCAUUAAUCGAAGAUAAAACUGCAUCAGAUAUUCUUGAUCUUCUUACAGAAAUCAAAGACUGUAAAGAUGCAUGUAUUAUAGAACCUAAUUUUCACCCAUGCCCAUGGUGUUCCGGAAGGCUCAUCACCAUAUAAUUAUGAAUAAUAAAUUAUUUAAUCUUGUUACAAAUAACUUGUAAUAAAUAUAUCUAUGCGAUAUAUAAAUUAGUUGUAUAGAAAAUAGUGAUAUUUGUAUAUAAAAUUCUUAGACUUUUUUAAACCUCUGUAUCUAUUUCUUAUAAAAUUGCGAACAUAAGAUUUUUAUCCGAGAAUAUAUGUAAUUACUUUAUAAAUAUACAGUGCCUUGAAUAAUUUCACAAA